AUGACUUCGAGACUUGAAUCCUACUUAGGGCAGACUAAAUCGGGCUCUCACAAUUACUUUAUAGAGUAUCUGAAACUCGCCGAUCACUUCGUGUUUUCUCCUGGUGGAGAUAACAGAAACAACUACGCUAAUGUUGAAGAAAUUGUCAAUCAUGCGGUGGACGCUGUCUGGGCUGGUUGGGGCCAUGCUUCGGAAAAUCCGGAGCUUCCAAAACAAUUGGCUGCACGUGGCAUCGUAUUCAUUGGACCACCGGCCAGUGCUAUGUUCUCUUUAGGAGACAAAAUCGCCUCAACCAUCAUCGCUCAGGUUUUUCGAUUUCAGACCUUGGACAUUCCGACAAUUGAAUGGUCUGGAAGCGGAUUGAAGUUAAAUUUGAAUGAUACGAAGGAAGCCGAGCAUGUUACGAUCACUCAAGACCUCUUCAACCAAGCCAUAGUAUCUGACCUAUAUGAGGGCCUGAGAGCUGUCGAUGUCCACAAAAUUGGGUACCCCCUAAUGGGUGGAGGUGGUAAAGGUAUCCGGAAGUGCAAGAAUGAAGCCGACUUCAAAGAAAACUUUGUUCAAGUGCAAACUGAGGUGCCUGGAUCACCUAUAUUUAUCAUGAAAUGCGUAGAAAAUGCAAGACACAUAGAGGUUCAGCUCAUUGCUGAUAGAUACGAAAAUGUUAUCCCAGUAUUUACACGUGACUGUUCUAUCCAACGGCGGUGUCAGAAGAUCAUUGAAGAAGCUCCAGCUAGCAUAGCGCCAAAGGAAACUCUACGUAGAAUGCAAGAGGAUGCCGUCAAAAUAGCCAAAUUGGUGGGGUACGAGUCAGCAGGUACUGUUGAAUACAUGUAUCUGCCAGAUCAAGACCGCUACUUUUUCCUAGAAUUGAACCCCAGACUACAAGUGAGUCAUUACUCAAGAGUUUAUCUGCUUAUUAAAAAAUUGAAAAUUUUGCAGGUGGAACAUCCUUGCACUGAAAUGCUGGCCAGCAUAAAUAUUCCUGCAAUUCAAAUGCAAAUCGCCAUGGGUCUUCCUUUGAACAGGAUAACCGAUAUUCGUCUCUUCUAUGGUAGGCUCGAUCGAUACGGUACUACACCCUUGCCAGAUGAGCUUGUACUUACUGAUACAGAAUAUAGUGUUAUCGCUGCCAGAAUAACAUCUGAGGACCCGGAAGAUUUCUUUCGACCGUCAACUGGAUCUGUUGAAGUGCUCAACUUCCGAUCCGCCCAGAACGUCUGGGGUUACUUUUCGGUGUCCAGCGCUGGAAAAGUCCACGAGUUUGCAGACUCUCAGUUUGGACAUCUUUUUGCCAGGGAACUUUUUUCAAGUCACGAAGCUGUUUCCGUGAUGUUAUGUGCUCUGCAAGAAUUGGAACUGCGAGCUUCAUUUGCUUCGCAAGUUUCGUAUCUUGUCGACAUGCUUAAAGAACCGGACUUUACUGAGAAUCGUUUUAAUACUCAGUGGCUUGAUAAUCGUAUCGCUAACAAAGUUCUUCAAGUGAGUUUCCACUGGAUGUGCACUAUCCUGGCCAUCAUUAUUGUGAAUGAAAAUUUGUUCCAGAAAGCCCCACUUCCAAGGCAUGAGAUGAUUGCCAUAAGUAGUGCUGUCAUUGGUCACUCUCGAGUCUCAGCAGCUUUCAAUAAUUUCAAAAACGCAGUUGAGCGAGGACAGGUUUGUUUUCCAACUAUGUACAUACCAAAAUGCUUAUCUAUUGCUUUCAGGUAA